GCCGCCGCCGCCGGUGCUGACAGAGGUGCAGUGACGCUCACAGGGAGGUGCCCGCCGCCGCCAGCAGUGAUCCCACUCCAGUGCAGUGGCGCGCAGUGGCCCGCCGACCAGUCCAUGCCGCCGCGCCUGCCACCGGUACCCACAGCAGCAACCAGUCGCAGCGCGCCGGCAGUGGUUGCUGGAGCGGCGUGCGGCAGCCAGUUGGCCGUCCGGACGGGCCAGUGACAUCGCUGGGGCGGCCACCGCAAGGCCAUGGCGGCCGCCACGCUGCAGCGCGUCAUGCACCGCAAGACGGAGGCGGGCCGCACGUUCAACGUGGCAGUGGUGGGUCUGUCGGGCACGGAGCGUGACAAGGGCGCCGUCGGAGUCGGCAAGUCGUGCCUCUGCAACCGGUUUGUGCGCGCCGCCGCCGACCACUACUACACAGAGCACAUCUCUGUGCUGAGUCAGACCGACUUCAGCGGUCGAGUGGUCAACAACGAACAUUUCAUGUACUGGGGCGAGGCGACCAAGGUGUCGGAGGAGGGUAUCCCGUUUCAGUUCUCCGUGGUCGAGCAGACUGAGUUCAUCGACGACGCCUCAUUCCAGCCAUUCAAAGCCGGCAAGAUGGAUCCGUACACGAAGCGGUGCGCCAAUACCCGGCUCUGCUCUGCCGAAAAACUCAUGUACAUUUGUAAAAAUCAACUUGGCAUCGAAAAGGAAUACGAACAAAAGGUCCUUCCCGACGGCAGGUUUCUGGUGGAUGGCUUUCUCUGUGUGUUCGAUGUGAGCGAGGUGGCCGGCCGGCCGCUUUCCCGGCAGGUGGAGCUCACGGUUCAGCUUGUCCGCCCACAGAUCCUCGGCAGCCUGCUGCGCACCAAGAAACCAGUGGUUCUCGUCACGACCAAGAACGACGAGGCGCGCGAGUCGCACCUCCGCGAGGCCGAACGGCUCGCCAGCCGGAAGGAGUUCAAGGGCAACAUUCCGCUGGUGGAGACGUCUGCCCACCAGGGCGUCAACGUCGACCUAGCGUUCAUCACGCUGGCGCAGCUGAUCGAUCGCGGCCGCGGCCGGGUGCGCAUUGUGCCUUACCCAGAGGCGGCGCGCCAGCGUCGGGACGACGCCGACCUGAUGGCCGACGCGUUUCAGUCGCUGGUGCGCACGCACGUCACGGACUGGCGCGCCACCUGGCCGGCCACCGUGCAGCGGCUGCGCGGGGCGCCGGCGUUCGCUGAGUUCACUGAGCUACACGGCCAGGAGGCGGCGCACCGGCUCUUUCGGCGAUACGUGAAGCGGCUGCGCGAGGAGCACGUGUCACGCCGCGUGCAACGCUAUCUGUCCGAGCUGCCGGACGUGCUGCGCGAGCUGUUCGCCGAUCAGCGCGCGCUGCUCACCUGCUCGUGGCAGGAGGUGCAGCAGAGCGUGCGCCGGCACCCCGACUUCGAGCGGCACUUUGUGGCCGCGCACGAAGACCUCGCCUGGCUGGACCUGGACCUGGACGAGCUGGCGGAUGCGCGUAUUCCGUUCGAGGUGCUCACCAGCAGUGAGGCCGAGACCGCCUUCAAAAACUACCUGAACGCCAUCCAGCAGGAGACGCGUCAGCAGGAGCUACGUCGCCAGUUCAAACAGCUGCUGGAGGAGACUAGCUACGUCACACCGGGCAAGUCGCUGUCCGAAGUUCGCGUGCUCUUUCUGGGCCGCGAGUGCUUCGAGAGUUUGGCAGAGGAGGAGCGUCAGGAGAUCUACGACCUCCACCAGCGGCACAUCGUGGAAAAGGCCCGUGUUAACUUCCAGGAGCUGCUGCUGGAGCGGGCCGACCUGUUUUACGGCAUCUGCCCGGCAUCUGGCGGCGGUGCGCUCAGCCCCGACCAGAUCAAGGACAUCACCGAACUGCUGCAGGAGGACGUCAGGUACAAACUGUUGGACCGUUUCGAGCAGGAGCGUCAGCUGGUGCUGCUGCAGCAUCUGGGUUUCCUGCACCGUCCGCGGCCGGAGCGGUGCCCGUCGGCCCAGCUGUGUAUGGAGCUGCAGGUGUGGGCGCUGCUGGCCGACCGGGCCGCGCCGGCGGCGCCCGCCGUGGCCGGCACCCACUGGGUGUUCGCCGGUGGCGACUCGGCCGUGCACCCGCUCAACGCCGUGCUGGUGGGCUCCGAGGGCGCCGCCGACCGGCUGACGCAACUAUUUAGGUUGCAGCUGGACGAGGAGGAGGUGGAAAUCGACAGCCAGCUGUUCAGACUGGACCUGCGCGUCAUCAGCGACGACACCAAGCUGACCCGCAGCGUCUUCUUCACGCCCGACUUCACGCCGCACGGCUGUCUCUGCGUUUUCUCCAACGCGGCGUCGUUCGAGUACCUGCGCCAGUCCGUAGAGAAGACACUACUCUCGAGUCUGCAGGAGGAGGAGGAGGAGGAGCAGGAGGAGGAGCAAGGACGGCCGCCAUUCCAGGGCCUGCCGCUGGUGCUGGUACUGGCGGCCGACCCGCAGCUGGGCAGAGCAGAGCUGGCGCAGCUCCGCCAGGACGGCCGCAGCCUUGCCGACAGUUUGCAGAGCCCGUUCGUGGACUGCACGCCGCCGCCGGCCGAGGAGGAGCCGGCCGCUGACGCCGAGCACGUGCUGCCCGCCACCAGCGACGACCGGCUGACGGCCGCGCUGGCCGCGCUGGUGCACAGCGUGCGGCGGCCGGCCGGCCUGCCCGCCUGUCCGGCCUUACUGACCGCCAGGGAGCCCGAUAUCAGGAUAAUUAUGUGCCUCUUCUGCGGCGACCCGUACUCGGUGGAGAACGUCGUCGGCGCCAUCCUCUCCAAUCAAACCUGUCAGACCCACCAGCAGAGCUCGGUCAUUCUGGAUACCUUUCUCGGGGACUGCCGAAGGCGGGUGGAGGUCAUCAUCAGCUCGUACCACGGCGCCGCCGCCUACCAGGACGAGAUGGUGCACGGAUUCAUCCUGGUCUACAGCACCAAGCGGCGCGCCUCGCUCAAUAACCUGAAUGUGUUCUCGGCCUCUGUGCCGCAUCUGCCGGUCCAGAUCCUGGCCGUGACCGACAGCGGCGGUGCCAACGCACUCUUCUCAUCUCAGCUGACCCACCAGCUCAUCACCGAGGGCAACCACAUCGCCGACCGACUGCAGGCCCACUUUAUGACCUCCACCUCCACCUGCCAGCAAAAGUCGGCCUUCUACCUCAGCUUCUUCAAGGAGGUGUGGGAGAAGAAGCCCGAGAUAGAGGAGGCGUUCGAGCUGGAGCGGGUGCGCCGCCUGGAGCGGGCCGAGCAGCUGGCGGCACUGCGGCGCGGCCUCUCCAUCCCUGCCGGCACCGCCAGCAAUGACGGGAGCGGCUCGGAGAUCUACGAGCGGCUGCCGACCGAUGGCUCGCUGGCCGACGAACUGAACCUGUCGCCGACGCUCGACGAGCGGCCGCUCUCUGGUAGCGAUGACGACAACGAGGUGGCGGCCGAUGAGACUGCCGGCGAGCAGCGGCGGCCAGCCAACGGCGAGCACCCUCCCCGGCGCACUCUGCAGCAAGAGCUGCUGUGUCAGACGUUUCUGAGCACGGAGUCGCUGCCGGCCGGCCUGUGUCAGCCGCGGCCGGGGCGGAGCUCGCGGGCACCCUUCAGCCGCGCCCGCACCGAGCAGCUGCCGCCGCCGCCGCCCCGCCACCACUUCUUCAAGGCCGAGAGCGUGGAGCUGGGCCGCCGCCCGCCGCCCGACCACAGGAUGGACGGCGCCGACACGGGCCUGCACGUGUUCCCGGCUCCCAGCACGCCGCCGGAGCCGGCGCCGGCCGGCGGCCACCAGCUGCUGGAGCCGCCCCACGCCAGCUCCUCCGACUCGGACUGCGGCUGGCUGCAGGAGCCGUCCGCCGGCCGCACGCUGGCUGCAGACGACGUCUGGUCGGAGCGGCGCCAGUGGGCACCACACGCCUACACCACGGGCCGGGGCCGGCCGGCGCCGCCGCCCAGGACCAGGCAGGACAGCCAGCCGGGCAAGCUGAACCUGACGCAGUACUCGAGUGUUGUCGACACGCUGGACAAGCUCAACCUGAGCAGUCGGCCCGAGCCCCGACGCUCCCAGCCCCAGCCGGGCGUCAGCAUGGCCAACUCGGAGUACGCCCAGGUGAAGGACGCGCUGCUGGGCGGCGGCAGGGGCGAUGGCGAUUACAGCUACACGGUGACGCAGGAGGCCGGCGGCCACAGCGCCAAAGCGCGGCUGCGGCAGCGGACCGAGCAGUGCCGCCAGUUGCUGGCUGGAAGUGAGUCGGAGGAGUCGGCCCCGGAGGAGGAGAGCACGUUCGCGCGUCAAAAGUACGCCACCAGCUCAGUGCGCCUGCGCCGCACGGCAGCCAAGCGGGGCGGCGUGCCUGCCGCCAUCCCGCGGGUGCCCGCGCUGCCGACGCGCGCCGGCGGAUCACCACUGCCCAGCAAGUCCAAGUCGGAGUCGCCACGAGACGGUGGCAACAACGACGAGUCGAGUGUGGACGUGUCAGUGUCGGCCGAGUACAGCUCGCCGCUGCUGUCGGCCGCUGCUACCAAGGAGGAGAAACUGCGCCGCAAGGACCGACAGCGACAACUCAAGGAGGACGAAAGAAGGCGGCUCAAAGACGAGGAAAAGGCCAGAAAACUGGAGAAGGAGCGAAUCAAGAAGGAGAAGAGCACCAAGAAGGGCAAAACGUCCACGUCCUCUUCGCAGUCGCAACUGGAGGAGUUAGUGCCGGGCGGCGGCGCCGGAGGUCAACUGCCGCUCUUUUUGACCCGGUGCGUGGAGUACAUCGAGGCUGAAGGUCUGGACACGGAGGGCCUGUACCGGGUGCCCGGCAACCGUCAGCACGUCGACCUGCUGUUCGAGCGGCUGGCAGAGGACCCGGCCGCCAGUAUCGGCGAGCUCGACCUGGCCGUGAACGCAGUGGCCACUGCGCUCAAGGAGUUCCUCUCCAAGAGGCUGCCGCCGCUGCUCACUCAGGAGAAGAUGGCCGAGCUGACGGCGAUCGCAGGCGUCUCCGAUCGUCGAACGCGCCUGUUCAAGCUGACCGUGCUGCUGAAGGACCUGCCGCCGGUCAACUUCAACAUCCUGAAGUACCUGUUCCGCCACUUUGGCAGGGUGUCGGACAAGGCCGACCUCAACAGCAUGGACAGUAAGAACCUGGCCAUCUGCUGGUGGCCCACUCUGCUGCCGCUCCAGUUCACCGACAUGGCCGUGUUCGAGUCGAUGCGGCCGCACCUGGAGGACAUAGUGCAGACUAUGAUCAAACAGCCCAGUACCUGUUUGACGGCCAGGAGGAGCUGAUGAUGGUGUGACCGGGCGCCGGGCGCGCCGGCAGCGCCCUCCCGACACCCCCGGCCGGCGCGGCCGCCGGACGAUAGUCGGCGCCACCCUCACUCGUAUAGAAUUUCUGAGGCGUUUUUUUGUAUAGUGUUGUCCGGUGUGUGAGGCGAGUGACCACGGCCGCGCUGGGCUGCCGCCGACCUGACGCGCGCUCUGCUCUCGGCCGCUGACGGGCAGCGGCCGUGUUUGUUUUUCUAAUGGCACACCAGGGACCGCUGUGCGGUGCUCGUGGCGCCGCGCCUCUUUUGGCUGCGGCCGACCACUGCUCCCAUAUGUAUAUGGUUUCCUGUGAGGCUGUGAUGUGUGUGCGUGUGUAUGUGUGUGUAUAUAUAUUUGUGUGCAGGUG